AUGGCCACCUCCCAGAGCGUUCAAUGCUUCGGCAAGAAGAAGACAGCCACCGCCGUCGCCCACUGCAAGGCAGGAAAAGGACUCGUCAAGGUUAACGGCAAGCCCCUUAACCUCGUCCAACCAGAGAUCUUGCGAUUCAAGGUCUACGAGCCCCUCCUCAUCGUUGGCCUAGAGAAGUUCGCAAAUGUCGACAUCCGAGUCCGCGUUACCGGUGGUGGACACACUUCCCAGGUCUACGCCAUCCGUCAAGCCAUCAGCAAGUCCAUUGUUGCAUACUACCAGAAGUUCGUCGAUGAGCACUCCAAGAACGCCAUAAAGCAACAACUUGUCGCAUAUGACCGCACGCUGUUGGUUGCGGAUAACAGACGUUGCGAGCCAAAGAAGUUCGGAGGUCCCGGAGCCAGAGCCAGAUACCAAAAGUCUUACCGUUAA